AUGAAUAAGCUGGCCAAUAUGCGGCACUGGUCCGAGAGGAUGAGUCCCAAUUUCGGCAUGGGUGGACGCCCCAACAUGCCCGGCAAUCCCCUCAACGCCCACCCGAAGAAUGCGCCGCAGGCUGGUCCGGCCCUCACCAAUCCGCAGGCUGCCGAUGCGACGAUUACUUACUCCUUCAACGUCCCCUUCUCGUCCGACCUCGCCGGCCCAAACACUGAGGACAUUCUGCAUUCCACUGCUGACGCUGUACUCCGAUGGACGCAUCCCGAGGAUGCCCCCGAUGACGUCCAGGUUCAUGAGCUUCCAGCCCACACCCACAACCUCAACAACCUGCACCGCCUCUGUAGAGACCUAUCCAGCGGCCCUCUUCCAAUCGAGGCGCAGGUCAUCUCGACUGCUCCCAAAAAUGGCAGAGCUCAGCAAAUCACCACCGUCUGCCUGUCCGGCUCACCCGAGCUUGUCCACAAGAGCCGUGAGACGAUCCUCAACGAGAUCCCAAUCGCCUUGCGCUGUACCAUCAUCGACAUCGAUGGCAAGCUUGUCUGCGAUCUGAACGCCGGCGUUCUUAAAAAGCCCGUCAUUGAAACCCUCGACAAAAUCUCCAGUUUUUGUGGUGUCGACAUCUUCCUACUUGGCCCAAAGCUGACCCCCAUGGUUGACGGUGUCUCCGGAGAUUCCGAGAUGAGAAUGGAUCAAAGAUGGAGGAUCGCCAUUUAUGGUGAUAUUCUAUCCUCCGAGCAUGCCAAGGCGCGAGUUCUCAUUCACAUCGAUACCUUGCUGGGCCGUCUUGUCGAUGCCACCCGAGUCGAGCUUUCGCUGCAUCAGCUUGUCUGCGGCCGCCAUCGCAAAAACAUCAAGCUCAUCGAGUCAUCCACCGGAACUGCCAUCUAUUUCCCGCCGCUCUUCUCGCAAAUGUACCGCUACUGUCCUCCGAACGCCAAUCGACGUGACCCGGCCGACAUUUACAUCACCGGUGAAUCCCACCAGGCGAUUGAACUUGCCAAACAGAAGCUCCACGAAAGUGUAUCCCGCAUCCGUCUCUAUGUCAAGGAUGUCAACAUUCCUGCCUCCAAGAUCGACACUAUCCUUCUUGACCGUCUCGAAAAGGUCCGUAAGGUUCUCGAGGCCAAUGGCACUCAUAUCAUUUUCCCGCCCUUGGCUUGCCAGCGUACCACAGUCCGUGUUCAGGGAAGCGAGGGUCUGCCUGUCGAGCGCACCGUUCGCGAGCUCAUGUCUCUUGCCGGCCAGUUUUACUCGGCUGCAUGGUUCAUGCAGCAACCCGAUGCCCGACAACUCCCGGGCCCGGCCGACACGCAGGCCAUACUUGGUGAGAUCUGUGCCAAUUCGGAUGCCGACGUUUCCUUUGACAAGAUGUCAUUCACCGUCACCGGCUCUGAUGAUGCUGUCAAGGCUGCCUUGACUGUCAUCUCGGAAUUGAAGUUUGUUUCGCAGCCUCAGUACCAGAUUCGGGUCAAGAUUGAACUUGCAAAUGAACACAAGGAAUUCGUCAGCGGCAAGAAGAACGGUAAAAUCAACAAGAUCAUGGGGCAGAGUAACGUCCAGAUUAUCUUCGAUGGCUUCAACGAGUACAACUUCAACAUUGAUGUCAUGGCUGCCAGCUACGAAUCGCUUAAGCAGGGACUCACCCUCGUGGAGCAAGAAAUGCCGGCCUCCAUCUCGUUCCACGUUCCUGAUCAAUACCACAAACGAAUCAUCGGUAUCGGCGGCCAGCACAUUCAACGCAUCAUGAAGAAGCAUUCCGUUUUUGUCAAGUUUUCGAAUGCCAUGGACCGAGGCGGCAUGGGCCGCGAAGAUGAUGAUCUCAAGGUCGACAACGUCAUUUGCCGGACCCCUGCUCGCAAUGCUCAGAACUUGGAUGCCGUCAAGAACGAAAUCUUGGAGAUGGUUGACCGAGCAGAUUCCGAGUACACGUCCCAAAUUGUCAACGUGGAUCGUCUCUACCACCGCGAGCUUAUCGCCCGCCUGUCCGAAAUUGAUGAGCUCGAGCAAAAGUUCAACUGCAAGAUCAGCUUCCCCAGCACUGAGCAGGCUAGCGAUGAGGUCACCGUUACCGGCCCGCAGUGGCAGGUCCCACACUGUGUUGACGAGUUCCUCGGCAUGGUCCCUGACAAGCACGACCUCGUUUUCGCUCGCACCCCUGAGCUUGUCAAGUUCCUCGAGUCGCCGGACUUUGCCAAGGACUUGAUGCCGAAGCUGAAGAGCCAGUAUGAGGUAGACGUUACCGUUCAUCAGAACCCCGAGGAGCUUACCGAAGACGGAAACCCUACCGUGACGCUUGUUUGGGGCUUCACUCGCAACAACGCCGGUGGCCUUCGGGAUGCUGUUGACUUCCUUGAGGCCCAAUUCGCCACUGCUGCAGUGGACGCUACCGUCGUCAAGGGAUUCAUUCCCCGGCCCACUUCUGACUCUUUCGAAGAUUCUCUGCAGUAUUUUGAUUCCAAAGUUCUGCAACAUGCUCCAUCCUCAGUCGGCAGUGAGACACCCACCAAGUCUGCUUUCGGCGCCGAGAUCAUUCGUGAGCGCAGCAGCAUCCUGGAUCGCCUUCGCAAGCCCGGCAGCAUGACGUCUCUGUCUUCGUUUUUGGACCGCAGAAAGAACAGUUCCCACUCGGCCAACGGCAGCUUUUUCAAAGGCUCUAGCAACGUUUCCAAGUCGUCCCUCAUCUCGAUUGAGUCCACGCGCAGCUUCAACGCCGAUCGAAACCCUUGGAACGACAGCGGUGUCAACCUUGUUGAUGAAGAGAACCCUUGGGGCGUUCGUCUUCUGGGCCCUGUCGAUGCCAAGCUCGCCAUCCCUCACGGGGGUGACAUUACCCCCAGACACGGCACCCGCGCAUCUGGCGAUAGCGGGCGCCCGUCUACUUCCCAUUCCCUCAAUUCUGGAUACCCCGCCCCUAGUGGGCAUUUCCGUUAG